AUGGGAUGCUUUGCUCAUACAUUGAACUUAAUAGUACAGUCAGCACUUGUUCUUGAGAAUGAUCUAAUAGACAAAGUUAAAUGUAUAGUAUCACAUUUCAGGGAAAGCACUGUAGCCUAUAAUGCAUUUAAAAAUUACCAAAUAAAUAAUGGAAUAAAAGAGCCAAAGAAGCUUAUACAAGAUGUUCAAACUCGUUGGAACUCUACCAGUUACAUGUUCAAUAGAUUUGUUGAAAUGGAAACAUCAAUUAGAGGUACGUUAGGUUUAUUAGAUAAUGCUCCAGAUACUUUGAGGCCUGAAGAUUGGAUAAUUUUACAAGAUAUAAUUAAAAUAUUAAAACCUUUCGAAGAGGCUACUAAAGCAAUAAGUGGACAAAAAUAUAUGACAGCAUCGCUUGUAAUUGUUAUAGUCCAGGGUCUGUACAAAGUGUGCAAUAGUUUAUUAAAAAUUAAUUUGUCCCCAAGAGCAUUGAUUGUAGCUAAAAAAUUAUUAGCUAAUAUGGAUGCAAGGGAUGGAUUUAAAAACUGUGAAAAAAGUAUGACUCUUUCUAAGUGUACAUUCUUAGAUCCCCGAUUUAAACACCUACCUUUCAUGAAUGUGAACCAAAUAAAAAAUGAAAUUAUUGAAAAUAUAGCACAAAUUAUUCGAGGCAAAGAACAACCGAGUAUGUAA